GAUAGUGCCUUCGACUGUUUUUGCAGCACUACUUUUGCGUUGAAACUUCAGCCGGACGUGUGUUGCGGGAGCGCGUUAGAAAUUUGCUUCGAAUCAAUUUAUCGUGCGUCUGCGUCGUUGUGUGAGCAAAAAGUGUAGCAAUAAUAUUCAAAAGGCAGCCAUUGGACAGGCAGGACGAGGACGAUUGCCGUAAGCCGUUAGCUGUUAGCUGUUAGCUGUAAGCUGUUUGCCGUUAGCCGUUGGCCAUUAGCCGAUAGCCGAUAGCCAAUAGCUUUUAGCAAUUUGCCAGCGCACAUUCAGGACUCGAGGAGCGUCGUGGUCGUUUGUGCGUGGCGCGGGGGCGGAGCAGCAGGCGGCGUGCGUCUGUCGCAUUGACCUGGUCAGCAGUUGUCAGUCCGGCAGUCCAAGUCGUAGUCCUUGUCGUUCUCGUUGUCGUCGAAGUCAAGGAAAAUGUCUUCGCCAUUAGCGCAGAGCAACAGCAGCCAGUCACAGUCGCAGUCGCAGUCAUCAGCAGCAGCGGCAGCGGCAGCGGCGGCAGCGCAACAGCAAAAUCAAAAGUCAAAUUCGGCUGCGAGCGGCGUCAACAAUACACACGAUAAGAAUGCGGCUGGAACGACGGGGACGACAGCGAGCGGUGGCGCGGCUGCUGCAGCAGCAGCAGCAGCAGGAGGAGCAGGCGGUGGCGCAGGAGGAGCAUCAACAGUCGCUGCGCCGCAGAGCCCCACAAAACGGAGCACAUUAUCCACAAAGGAGCGUGUGAUCGAUAGCGUCCCGUUUCCACCCAGCCGGAAGCUAACCUGCGCCGAUGUGUUUGAUGCCCGCACCGGCAAGCCGCAACAUGACGUACUUAAGCAGCAUUUCAUCCUGGAGGGGCGCAUCGAGGAGAGCGCCGCGCUUCGCAUCAUCCAAGAGGGCGCCACACUGCUGCGCCAGGAGAAGACAAUGAUCGAUAUUGAGGCGCCGGUCACUGUCUGCGGCGAUAUACACGGCCAGUUCUACGAUCUUAUGAAGCUAUUCGAAAUUGGCGGCUCGCCGGCAACCACAAAAUAUCUGUUCUUGGGCGACUAUGUGGACCGGGGCUAUUUUAGCAUUGAGUGCGUCCUCUAUUUGUGGUCGCUGAAGAUUACGUAUCCGCAGACGCUGUUCCUGCUGCGCGGCAAUCACGAGUGUCGGCAUCUGACCGAGUACUUCACCUUCAAGCAGGAGUGCAAGAUCAAAUACUCGGAGCGGGUGUACGACGCGUGCAUGGAUGCGUUCGACUGCCUGCCGUUGGCGGCGCUCAUGAACCAGCAGUUCCUCUGCGUGCACGGCGGCCUGUCGCCCGAAAUACACGAGCUGGAGGACAUUAGGCGGCUCGAUAGAUUCAAGGAGCCGCCCGCCUUUGGCCCCAUGUGCGACCUGCUGUGGUCCGAUCCGCUCGAGGACUUUGGCAACGAGAAGAACUCGGACUUCUACACGCACAACUCGGUGCGUGGCUGUUCGUAUUUCUACAGCUACGCCGCCUGCUGCGACUUCCUGCAGAACAACAAUCUGCUGUCGAUCAUACGGGCGCACGAGGCGCAGGACGCCGGCUACCGCAUGUACCGCAAGAGCCAGACCACCGGUUUCCCCUCGCUGAUCACCAUCUUCUCGGCGCCCAACUAUCUCGACGUGUACAACAACAAGGCGGCGGUACUCAAGUACGAGAACAACGUGAUGAACAUCCGGCAGUUCAAUUGCUCGCCCCAUCCGUACUGGCUUCCCAACUUCAUGGACGUGUUCACCUGGUCGCUGCCCUUUGUUGGCGAGAAGGUCACCGAGAUGCUGGUGAACGUGUUGAACAUCUGCUCCGAUGAUGAGCUAAUGACCGAGGAGAGCGAGGAGCCGCUCUCGGACGACGAGGCAGCGCUCCGCAAGGAGGUCAUCCGGAACAAGAUACGCGCCAUUGGCAAAAUGGCGCGCGUCUUCUCUGUGCUGCGCGAGGAGUCCGAGUCGGUGCUACAGCUGAAGGGGCUGACGCCGACGGGCGCCCUGCCCCUCGGCGCCCUAUCCGGCGGCAAGCAGUCCCUCAAGAAUGCCAUGCAGGGCUUCUCGCCCAAUCACAAGAUUACCUCGUUCGCGGAGGCCAAGGGACUCGAUGCGGUGAACGAGCGGAUGCCGCCGCGCCGCGACGCAAGCCCCUCGCCGGCGGAGGAGGGUCAGAAAUCACUGUCAGCGGCGGCAGCAGCAGCGGCCAACGCAAGUGCGAAUUCAAUCAUUGGAUAAUUCUAAGUCAGUAGCAGAGUAAAAAGCAGCAGAGUGGAAGAGCUGUGGAGCAGCACAGCAGCAGCGCAACCUUCGGGCAGCAGCUGCAAAGUCAGUUUUAGAUGUCGAGAGUUAAGUUAAAAGCAAACGCAAGCAGCAUAUGGUGGGAGUGCAUGCGAUUGGGUGAGGGUGAGGGAGAGCGAGAGGGAGGGAAAGCAAAUCAAAUAAAUAUAGUUUCAAGCUACGGCAGCGACAGCAGCAACAGCGACAGCGCAGCCACAUACGAAUACCAAUAAGUACACAUGCAUACAUGCGCAUACACACACACACAGCCGCAGUUGAAAUGCAUUUCAAACGCAAAAAACAAAAAUGAAACGAACGAGUGGAAAGCAUAAAAGGAAGAUGAGUAGCAUGCGUGUAACUUAUUGGUAUAUAUAUAUAUAUAAAAAAAAGAAGCAAUUAAGAUGAGCAAAACACAAGCUAAUCAUAAAAAAGCAGUUAAACAGUUUUGAAUUAUAUAUGUUUAUAUAUAUACAUACAUAUAUAUAAAAAUAUAUAAUACUAUUCAUAUAUCAUACAAAUUUUGUGCAACAUUAUAUCAAAGGAGGGCGCGCCGCUGCUGGUGCUGGCGUCGCAGCAGCAGCAACAAGAAAAUUAGGUAAAUUAUAUUAUAUGCAAGAAUGCAAAAACAAAAAACAAAUCAAUCAAUAUAUUAAACUUAAAAUAAAGCUCGUCUCUGAAUAAAAAAAAAAUAUAUAAAUCAACAUAACUCCCAACUGAAAAGAAAACUACAAAUUGAGAAAAACAACAAAAAUCCUCAAAAAAAAAUAAAUAAAAAUAAUAAUUAUAAUAAUAAAACAAAAAA